AUGGGUAAGAGAAGGGGGUAUAAGAAAAAAAAAACGAUAGACAGAGCAUGGACCAUUCAUUACAGAGUUGCAGCAUGGCAUGGCAUGGCAUGUCUUUGUCUCAUACACAAGGGGAGCCCUCCGAGACACUGCAGCACUAGAAGGCAAGAAAAUAGAUUGCUUCAACAAUCCAUCUCUCAAUCAAAACAGAUUCUAAGCAAGGGUCCCCCCUAG